AUGAUCUGUCACAGCUUAUCCACUGUACCUUCACAAAGUCAGUGUUUUGACAUUCUCCAGACUGGCAUCUGUAAAUAUCUGGUUGGUUUGGUUGUAAUACCUGAUAGCACAGCUGGAUCUGUUCUAUGUGCCAUAAAUAAGCUCUUGGAUCAAGCCUGCAUCAUCAGUGAAAAUCUGCACAAGUUCUUGGCCUCUUGUUGUUACAGUCUUCUGUACUUUCUGCUGACUAUAGACAAAGAGGAUGCAGAACAUCUACAGAAAAGGGAUAUGCUGUGGGGAUCAUGUAUUUCUGCAUUAGCACUCCUGCCACGAUUACUGAGGCUGAUGCUGCAGAGCCUGCAAGUGAGCAGGAUCUGUCGGGAAGAACUGCCUGUUGUUGCUCAGCUGCUUCGCUUGCUAAUGCAGCACGGUCAGCUCAGGAGCCAUAUGAUCACAAACGAGUUUCUGGUGCAGCAGAUUAUCAAGGACAUCAUGGUAUGA